AAAUAGUAAAAAAGCUAGGGCAUUUUUGACUCCAUUUAGCAAAUACUAAAGGUACAUUGUACCUGCUAGCAAUCUAUUUUCUAGAGCAGCAUCAAAAAAAGAAUUGAGCGUUUUUUUAUUUUAAUACCCAUCUUUUUUUCCUUCUCGACUAUUUUCACCAACUUCCUAAGUUAGAACGUUCGACCACACUAGAAACACUAGAAACACUAUAAAACCUAAAGUUUAGCCGGAUCUGUCAGUCUCCAAUUGGCAGCUCCUAGCUUACAAUUGAUCCUCGGCGGAAGCUACUGCGUUGCGCGCGCGACACACAAUUGACACAAUUGAUCAUGCUGCGAUCGGUAGGACCUGCGGCCGCUGGCCAAGCUAGAAACUUGCUUGGGCCGAGGACUGCUCCACGACUUCUUUGCACAUGCAACACCUCCUCAUCUUCUUUAUCCUCCACUUCGUCAUAUGCCACCUCGAGAUCUCUUAGUAGUUUUUACAAUAACAUCUCUACCAAACCAACCUAUUCCCUACGAUUCCAAAGAAACCUACAUGCGACAUCCAUAAGAAUGGCCGACACGAGAACCGAGAGUGACGCCUUUGGCGAAAUCCAGGUCCCUGCCGACAAGUAUUGGGGAGCUCAAACCGAACGAUCUCUCUCCAAUUUCCGUAUCAACCAGCCCCAAGAUCGAAUGCCUCCUCCAAUUGUUAGGGCAUUUGGUAUUUUGAAGGGCGCUGCCGCCACUGUUAACAUGCGAUUCGGACUUGGUUAUGUAACUAUAGAUGAGAAGAUUGGCAAGGCCAUACAACAAGCUGCUGCUGAGGUGGCCGACCUCAAGCUCAUCGACCACUUCCCCCUCGUUGUUUGGCAAACCGGUUCCGGUACCCAGUCCAACAUGAACGCCAACGAAGUUAUUUCCAACCGAGCUAUCGAGAUUCUUGGAGGCACAAAAGGCACCAAGAAGCCUGUUCACCCUAACGACCACGUCAACCGAUCCGCCUCUUCGAACGAUACUUUCCCCACCGUAAUGCACAUCGCCGCCGUUCUCGAGAUCGAAGGAGAGUUAUUGCCCUCUCUAAAGAGCCUUCGAGACGCCCUACAAAAGAAGGUCGACGAUUUCGAAGCCAAGAACAUCAUCAAGAUUGGACGAACUCAUCUCCAGGACGCUACCCCUCUAACAUUAGCGCAGGAAUUCUCGGGAUACGUUGCUCAAUUAGAUUUCGGUAUCAAGCGAGUAGAGAGCUCUCUACCAGAUCUCAGAUUACUUGCACAAGGUGGUACUGCUGUUGGUACUGGAAUCAACACAUUUGAAGGUUUCGCAGAGGCUAUUGCUGAGGAAGUAAGCAAGAUGACUGGAACUGAAUUCAAGACUGCCCCCAAUAAGUUCGAAUCGCUUGCCGCGCAUGAUGCUAUCGUCCAGGCUUCUGGUUCCCUUAACACUCUGGCUACGUCUCUUACCAAGAUUGCUCAGGAUAUCCGAUACCUUGGUAGCGGUCCUCGUUGCGGUCUUGGUGAAUUGAUCUUGCCAGAAAAUGAGCCGGGUUCCAGUAUUAUGCCUGGUAAGGUUAACCCCACACAAUGUGAGGCCUUGACAAUGGUCUGUGCUCAAGUUAUGGGUAACCACGUUGCUGCCACGAUUGGUGGCAUGAACGGUCAAUUCGAACUCAAUGUGUACAAGCCCCUCAUCAUUCGAAACUUGUUGCACAGCGUGAGACUCCUUUCGGAUGGAAUGCGCUCAUUUGAGAAGAAUCUCGUUGAGGGUCUUCAGGCCAACGAGGAAAAGAUCUCCAGCAUCAUGAAGGAAUCGCUUAUGCUGGUAACCUGCCUUAACCCCAAGAUCGGUUACGACAUGGCUUCCAAGGUAGCCAAGAAUGCUUACAAGAAAGGAUUGAACUUGAAGGACAGUGCAAUGGAACUCAAUGCCUUAACAUCGGAUGAAUUCGACACCCUCGUCAAGCCGGAGCUUAUGAUCGGGCCCAAGCCUUACAGGAGUUAGGUGCAUCAUGUCGUUGAGCCCGUCGUACAAUUCGUACAAGCCGAGCUUGAUGCGAUCGAGAAGAAGGCGUCGGCAUAUCAUAACA